GGUGGGCGGGGCGCGCGCGCGCGGCCGGGAGCCGCCUGGGCCGCGGUGUCCAGAUCCUGCGUGGCGCGCGGAGCUGCCGGAAGAUGCGGCCGGCGCCCGGAGGCUGUUGCUGCCGCCGCCCGCCGCGGCCGAACGGCUGCGUGGCCAACGGGGAGGUGCGGAACGGGUACGUGAAGAGCAGCGCCGCCGCCGGCCAGAUCCAUCAUGUCACACAGAAUGGAGGGCUGUACAAAAGACCCUUCAUUGAGGCGUUUGAGGAGACGCCGAUGCUGGUGGCCGUGCUCACUUACGUGGGCUACGGCGUGCUCACCCUCUUUGGGUACCUCCGAGACUUCCUGAGGCACUGGAGGAUUGAGAAGUGUCACCAUGCGACAGAAAGAGAAGAGCAAAAGGACUUUGUGUCAUUGUAUCAGGACUUCGAGAACUUCUACACGAGGAACCUGUACAUGCGCAUCAGGGACAACUGGAACCGCCCCAUCUGCAGUGUGCCUGGGGCCCGCGUGGACAUCAUGGAGAGGCAGUCGCAGGACUACAACUGGUCGUUCAAGUACACAGGGAAUGUAAUCAAAGGUGUCAUAAACAUGGGCUCCUACAACUAUCUUGGAUUCGCUCGGAAUACUGGCGCGUGUCAAGAAGCAGCCGCUAAAGUUCUAGAGGACUACGGAGUCGGAGUGUGCAGCACUCGGCAGGAAAUUGGAAACCUAGACAAGCACGAAGAGCUGGAGAAGCUUGUGGCAAGGUUCUUGGGCGUGGAAGCCGCUAUGGCAUACGGCAUGGGGUUCGCGACGAAUUCAAUGAACAUCCCCGCGCUGGUCGGCAAGGGUUGCCUGAUUCUGAGUGAUGAGCUCAACCACGCGUCACUGGUUCUAGGAGCCAGGCUCUCAGGAGCGACCAUUCGCGUCUUCAAACACAACAACAUGCAAAGCCUGGAGAAGCUGCUGAAAGAUGCCAUUGUUUAUGGUCAGCCUCGGACACGCAGGCCUUGGAAGAAAAUCCUGAUCCUCGUAGAGGGGAUAUACAGCAUGGAGGGGUCGAUUGUCCGUCUCCCCGAGGUGAUUGCCCUUAAGAAGAAGUACAAGGCGUACUUAUACCUGGAUGAGGCUCACAGCAUUGGGGCUCUGGGCCCCACAGGCCGAGGCGUAGUGGACUAUUUCGGCCUAGACCCCGAGGACGUGGACGUCAUGAUGGGCACAUUCACCAAGAGCUUCGGUGCUUCUGGAGGCUACAUCGGAGGCAGGAAGGAGCUGGUGCGCUACCUGCGGACCCACUCCCACAGCGCCGUGUACGCCGCGUCGCUGUCCCCGCCGGUGGCGGAGCAGAUCGUCACCUCAAUGAAGUGCAUCAUGGGGCAGGACGGCACCACCCUGGGCAAAGAGUGUGUGCAGCAGCUCGCUGAGAACACGAGGUACUUCAGGAGGCGUCUGAAAGAAAUGGGCUUCAUCAUCUACGGGAACGAGGACUCUCCGGUGGUGCCUCUGAUGCUCUACAUGCCGGCCAAGAUCGGAGCCUUCGGCCGGGAGAUGCUGAAGCGGAACGUCGGGGUGGUUGUGGUGGGCUUUCCCGCCACCCCCAUCAUUGAGUCCAGAGCCAGGUUUUGCCUGUCGGCUGCUCACACCAAAGAAAUACUUGAUACGGCCUUGAAGGAAAUCGACGAAGUUGGGGACCUGCUGCAGCUGAAGUACUCGCGCCACCGCCUGGUGCCGCUGCUAGACAGGCCCUUCGACGAGACGACGUACGAAGAGACGGAAGACUGAGCCUCUGGUGCUCCCGACGGACUGCUCCUCCCGGGACGGCGCCGGGGCCCCAGCACCGCGCUCUGCGGCCACCUGCACUCUAGACGGCGUUCUGUAAAUAGUCCAGAAUUACUUCACACCCUCCCCUGGCUCCAUUUCGAAAACCUUGAAGACAGAGGUGACUCGCCUUGCUUUUUUUUUUUUUUCUUUUUUCUUUUUUGGUCCAUUAAAAAAUGGUUUCUUUGAUAACUCUUCUCCUUGUGAGCUCACGCCGACCCUCGCCUGGCCCUGGCUGACCCUCUCCCAGCCUGUCGGAAGCUCCUGCUGCUCCCGCCACUGCAGCCUGGGGUCCACGGCCGCCUCCCGGGAGCAAGUGCCUUCCAGGCCUCAGAGCUGCCGGCCUGGGCGCCCUCGCCGGUGAGCCUCUCGUCAGCUGCGGUGUUCUCCCCCGGCCGCGGCUGUCAGGAACCACCGUGCACGUUAGCAUCGCUGUAACUUCCCCGGCCCUGCAGCCCAAAGGCCUGGUCUUGUUCCAUUCCGUUCCGGCUUCCACAUUUCUUCUUCCCACCAAAUAUUUAUCUGACCGUCACUGUUUGAGGGGACGUCUGUUUUCUGAGUUCUUUUCUCACUCCCAGCCACUGUUGGUAAAGCGCCCACACCUGUCCUGUCCACCAGCUCCGGAAGCUGCUCAGGAGAGUGACUUCCACUGGCGAGAAGGCAGAGCCGGGCGAGGAGGACUGAGGGCCACUUGAGCUUCUCGCUGGUGGCAGCCAGGUGAGGGCUCAGGAAGAGCACUGAAUUCUCUGCUCGGGAAUUUGUCGUGUUCCCGUCAAUAUUUGAGGACUGACAUGGCUAACUGUCCCAAACUCUUUUGAUGGCGUCAGACAAUGGGAACUUCUGGCGUCUGGAACUUGAGAUUCCCUCUGUCCUUCGCUUACUUUUUGGUCCCCUGAGGAAUUCUGAACACCUCUCAGCCAGCCUGGACUUCUCUCUUUUUUUGACUGUUAGCAUACCAGGCGAGGGAGCUGCAACCAGAGAGCUUUUACACUACUUGACCAAAGAGCAGAUAGGAAAGUCACAAUGUCGAAGUUCUUUCAUUGUUACUGUUUUUCUUCUGUUGACCAAAGCUUAAGUGAAGAGA